GUGAACAUUCUCAAUUUCUUACUAGAUAAAAGAAACUUAACAUUAUUCAAAACAAAAAUAUUUUUGGACACUUUAGCUUUAGCAUAUAAUAUAUGAGGUUUCCAAAACAGAUUUUUAUCAAAUAUUACACCAAGGAAUCUAAACUCAGCUACUUUUUCAAUUCUAACACCAUCAAAAGACAGUGUGACAUCAUACUGUUUCUUUGUCACAAAAACCAUAAAGUUCAACGACAGCUUAUUUUGUUAAACCACUUUUAAAUGUAAUGUUUUCUUUUUCAACUUUUUCUGUUACAUUUUUAAAAUCUUUUCCAGAGUAAUAUAGAGUUAUAUCAUCAGCAAAUAGUACAAGUUUCAGUAGGUUAGAAACUUCACAGAUGUCAUAUAUAUAUAUAUAUAUAUAUAUUGAACACCGUAUUCAAUAUUCAUGCGUUUUGAUAUGACCUGCAAACUGUACAUAUUGUUGUCUCUUGUGCAAAUAACUAGUUAGGACCAUACGCUUGAAUCUUCCAUUCAAUCUAUCUAAUCUUCUUUAAUCAAAGUCUGUUUUUUUUGUUCUUCAAAGAUGUAGGUCGUGCAACAGACGACCUGUUUCUUCCUAGUGGGUGUGUCUACGAGACAAUUUGUAGUGGCACCCCACUACUCUGGUUUCAUUUAUUCUGCGGUGCCUCAUUCCGGAUCAUCGUGACACCAUUCAUUAUGCUUCUGUGUACACCAUUCAUUCUUUUUUUAAUCCUAAAUGGAGUCCUGGCUGAUUCAAAUGACUCCUCUUGCCCUCCAGGUACAGUAUAGCGUACAUUUUUUUUCUUAUACAUUUUUUCCAAAGCUGCAUUUUUUUCUCUUUAUUUUAUUUUGUGUGAACUUUUGUUGGUGUAAUUUAAUAAUGGUCCUGUCUUUAUUUCCAACAAACACAUGAAGGCCACAGGGUUGUUUUAGAAAACAAAAAACGUUCCUGUGAACCCUGCAAAGACGGAUUCUUCCAGCCGGAAAAAACACAGUCAGGGAUGUGUAAACCGUGUUUAAAUUGUGAUACAGUAUCAGGAAGUUUUGUACUUGAAAAGUGCACCAAUUUAAGGAAUGCAAAAUGCGGGUGUCGUGAAGGAUUUCACCGAGUUCCAUUAGAUUUUUCUAUUUGCAGAUGUGGCAAAGGAUUUGGCCUAACGAAAAACGGUGACGUAGCGAUGUGUUCAAAAUGCCCACCGGGAUAUUUUAACAAAGAUUACGACAAACCCUGCCAAAAAAUGACUGACUGCAAGGACAAACGAGUGAAGGUUCCUGGAAGCACAACCUCUGAUGUUAUCUGCAAAGAAAAAAGUCAUCCUCCAGUCGCAUCAACAUCCGCCUCAACAAAAGCAGCUCCUCUCACGCUCGUGAAUCCCCACCAGGAGCAGAAGGUGACUCAGAAGCCCCUCAUCACUACAACAACUCCACAACCAAAUGAGCCCAAAGGAAAGCCCCCUCCAAACACAAGUAGUGAAUCCCACUUUGGUUUGGGGCUCCUUAUGAUUGGAAUAGCUGGACUGCUUCUGCUAACAGCUGUGACCUGCAAGCUGCAUUUUACGCCUUUUUGGAAGAAAAAAAGAACACCACACAUGGAGGAAGACACAUUUUGUAAACCAGUCAAGGAAAGUGGUGAUGGCAUCCAUUCCUCCCUCCACCUGAAUCCACAACCUUGACUCUUAUCGUUUCAUUUGCAUGAUUGUGUCAUCCAAAUGCUGAGAAAUUCCAGGUCAGAUGAUUAUCUUAUGAGAAAAAGUUUUCCUCUUGUUCUUGAUUUUUAUUCCAGACGUCUAUAACUCUCUUUAAUGUGUACCGAGUGUACUUUUAAGCUGCGUGGUCAAUAUUUGACUUUUGAGAAAUAAUACCAGAUUUGAUCUGCUGAUAAAUAUUAGUGCCAAAAAAUAACGACAUACCUCACUGUAACGCUUGUGCAAUCCUAGGCAUGUUUACAUUAAAGUGGGGUCAUCUGGGCCCCACAAUAACUGUUUUUUCAAGGAUUUUCAUCAUCACUGGCAGACAUAGAAUCUUGUCCACCUUUGUCCUGGGAGGGAUCACACAUCCAUCUGGACCCUACAAGACAGCACAAGGGUUGACGACGUAAUAGCAUUUGAUCUAAUUCUUUUAGAUCAGUUUUAUCAACAUAUGCAAAUGUGACAUUUUUGUUUUAAAAUGUGUUGUGUUGACCUAAGGGAAAAGUACUCGUUGUAUUCUACUUAAAUCUUUCAAUAUUUAUGUAUCCUGAGAUUUUAUACUCUGUUGCCAUAGAAUCAACUGUGACUUAGUUUUAAUAUUUGCCUUGUGUUGUUUAAAUAUCUUGUUUUAUUCUACUUUUUCCUCUGAUUCAGAAGGAAAAAAAGGAAAGUAAACAUGUUUUUGUCAUGGUAUGUGGGGUUGGGGAAGUUCCCUUGUGGAGAUAAACGUAUUUCUUCUCUGCUGGUGAGAGAAGCCUUCACACAUUUCUUGUUUUUGCCCUUUGGAAAGAUUGAUGUAAAUGUGAGGACUUUUUCGGUUAGUUCUAGCAGGUGUUUUUCAGGCACAGACAGUCAGAGGAGUUAUGAAAGCAUCCUCGCAUCGCUUCUCCUCAUUUACAUUUCACUGCAAAACCAUCAACCCAGCAUCAUAGCUGUUGACUUUGACCAUUUGCAGGAGUUAAAGCUGCUGUUUUCUCUCAGUUUGUUCCAAGAAAUAAACAUUGCUUUUGCUUUGAAAGGAUGCAAUAACUAUGUAGACAUGUUUAUCUCACUAUUUUGCAACUCAUCUUUAACUGAUAUAAAAAUUACUCAUGAGGAGUAUUGUUUCUAUCCUUUUGGUUAGCAAUGCAUUAUCGUUUAAAUAAUCUUUUACUCUAUCUGCUGGUUUUGCUGAGAAAAAAAAAACUGACAGAAAGGAAACUGCAAAGGCAGCAUUUUUUUUAAAAUAUAAGUGCAUCAGGAAGUAGAAGUGUGGUUACAAGAAAUGCAGUCACUUUGUAAUACAAACCCACCUGCUUAUUCAAUGACACGAACCACUGACGUUUUUGAAAGUUUUACAUCUGCCUGUAUAUACGGUACUUGCUGAAUUUUCUAUUUUUUUUUUUAUAGAGACAUUAAAACCCCAAGCAACCAAAA